AGCAGAUACACCAUCCACUGCGGCGUAUGCGGUCUCUAGCGGCGACGCCGAGGAGCCUGAAAGUAGAGAUAAAAACUGGUGCGCGUCGACACCUGAUCUGGCCGGCGAAAGCAUAAUCCAAGUCGGAACUAAAAAGAGGAGGACAGAGGAUUUAAGGAGUCUGAUGAUCGAGUUCGAAUAACCUUUAGACUGUUCGAAUCGUGUUACACUCUUAGUUGGACGAUAAUUUUUUGUCUUAGGUUCGUUGUAUUUUCAGUUUGUAGAACUUUUUGGAAGAGAUAAGCGAUCGUGCCACUCUUAUACUUGGAGGAUAUAAUUCUGGACCUAAGGUUCUUUGUUUCAGCGCGUAGAACUCUUAGAAAAGAUGGGGGAUGUUGAAUAUAUUUUCUUGUAUCCGAAGAUUGAUACUUGAUAGUUCUUUCUGGUUGUAGAAGACGAUUGAAAACAAGGUAGUAACGAAUAUCCUAGAUCCAGUACAGAGCUACGGUGGCAUCGUUGGAAAAUUACUCCAACAAGAAUCUUCUCGUCUAAUCCAAGGAGCGUCUACUAGUAAGGAGAGCAGUUGCGGAGGUUCCGUGACCGAGGGAGGUGGAGACUCCGGUGUAUCAACCGACCUCCAAGAAGCGCGACCAACUGCGGGUUUCGAGGAGGACAGAAGUGCCUCUGAAGCGACCGAUAGCACGGACGUCAAGACCAACGCUGCAAAGCACGGCGAAGGGUCAUUGGAAGAAUCUGGUACGGCAGGUGCAGUCGCAGCUUCUACCGCACCUUCUACAUCUUCAGGAGGAGGCGUUCAAGUUCCAAGUGCGGAGAGUAGCACUUCCAAAACUGGAGACGUCAAGCUGGCAGCUGGCAGUGCAGUGUCAGCAGCAGCAACACUACCUGUUUCUGAUAGUGGAUCUCAGAAUAAGGGGAGAACCGAGUCGG